CCACCAUUUCAUUUUCUUUUCUUCUUCUGGUUUUCUCUUUUUAGUUCAUCUUUUCUUGUCCUUUCUCUCAUUUUUUUCUCUAUAUAUCUUCCUCUCUUUCUUUUUUUCUUCAUAUAGUCAAAGACCAUGGAAGACUCUCCUGCUGCUUAUAUCCACUUGGUGCACCGUUUGAUAGAAGAGUGUAUGUUAUUCAACAUGAGCCAAGAAGAAUGCAUGGAAGCUCUUUCCAAGCAUGCAAAUAUCAAACCAGUUAUCACCUCCACCGUUUGGAAAGAGUUAGAGAAAGAGAAUAAGGAGUUCUUUGAGGCAUAUUUGAAGAACAGAGUAGAGAGAGCUUCAGAGACAGAGACGAGGCAAAGGAUACAAAACAUGGUUUUGGAUUCUUCUAAAUAACAAGUUUAGAUGAUUUCAUACGCAAAUUAAUAAGGUUAGUUUAGGCGUUUUCAAUUAAUUGAAGUUUGAAGAAGCUAGUUGUCUAUGUAUGAUAAUAACAUAACAUGAUUAACAUCACAAUCAUGUAAUAGUAAAAACCGUGACAGGGACAAAAAUGGCUUCAUUUGAUUUGUCUCAAGGUAUACAAAGUUGAAGUCAGUACUCUACAGUGAUGGUUAUGUGUGACAUGGCAUACAUGUGUUAUUGUACUUGAUAAAAAUUUGAAACAUGUGUGUUAGACUA